AUGCCGUUUGCAAAUAUUUGCAUCUCCAGGGGAUUAAAAAUCAUUCAUAGAUGGUAUAUUUAUUUUAUCCCCUCUGAAAUGAUGAUAAGAGAUUUCUUUGUAAAACUUACAACUGGUGAAAUAUCUUCUGAGUGUAAUUCUGAUAUAAUAAGGUCUGAAACAAUAGAUCAUAUCAAGAUAAGCAAUACACAGGCUACAGGCGCAACCCAAAUUAGCCUUGACUGCAAUAUCAUAGAA